UCAAGGAGGAAGUGCAGAAAUGGAGGCGGCCGUGUUCAUUUUAUCCCUCGUCGACUGCUGCUCUUUAAUAUUCCUCUCCGUCUAUUUUAUAAUUACUCUAUCUGAUCUGGAAUGUGACUACAUCAAUGCUCGAGCCUGCUGCUCCAAGUUAAACAAGUGGGUGAUUCCGGAGCUGAUCGCUCAGGCUCUGCCCACAGUAUUAAUGCUGGUCUCCAUGCACUGGUUUGUGCUCCUGCUCAACCUGCCUGUGGCUGCAUGGAACAUUUACAGAUUUGUGAAGGUGCCGAUGGGGAACAUGGGAGUUUACGACCCAACAGAGAUCCACAACCGAGGCCAGUUGAAGACCCACAUGAAGGAGGCCAUGAUCAAACUGGGCUUCCACCUGCUCUGCUUUUUCAUCUACCUGUACAGUAUGAUCCUGGCGCUCAUCAACGACUGACCCCACACACGCGCACACACACACUUCUGCCGCCAAAGCAGGUCCAGGAUCAGCCCAAAACCCUGCUCCACUGAUCAAGAUGAAGAUUCACCCCAUCUCUGUCCAUCCACAACUGCUGCUCAGGGCUGAAGUUUCAAGACAAUCUCACACACACACACACAGCUCGCAUUCAUCCCCAAGAGAUGACACAAUAUUUGGCGUUAGGAUAGCUGUGCUUGUUUUAUGACACACACUUCUGCCACUAUGAUUAUUUCAUGACAAUUAAGCAGAUUUUAAUUUGCAUAAUGAUUGUUUUUCGUAUCACACUCCACGUUUGUUCUGUUGUUUUUAAAUGAAUGCAUAUUAUUAAAUUAAUAAUAAUAAAGUGAACAUUUAUUUUAUUAACAUAUAUUGUUAUUAAAUAUAUAAUUGAAAUUAUGACACGUUAAUAAUAUUAUCGUAACUCAUGGUGGCCAAUAAUAACUUUAAAUAUGUUAAUGAGCAGUACAAUUGCACACAAAUUUGGGUCAUUUGCAUAUUUCUCAUCAUAACGAAGACUAGAUUUUUUAAUCUUAACUGUAUAAUUUUUGAAAGAUUAAAAUAUUUGUGCCCAAUACAGAUUCAAACGAAUGCUAUUGUAAUUAAUAAUGACAAACAAUAAUAAUGUUUUAAGAAUAAAGUUGUAUUUAUUUUUGUAACAUUAAAAAAUUAAGUUGACAUUAUUGCUGUUAAAAUAUUCAUUAAAUAUGAUUAUUAACUAAUAAUACUAACAAUACAAAUGAUAAGUAAUUAAUAGUAGUAAUAUUGUAAUUAAUAAUGACUAGUAAUAAUAAUAAUAACUAUUCUGGUUAUGGAUUAAGAAUAAUAAAUAGAAGCAGUACCAUAAUGAGCAAAGUUUGGCCAUUUAUAUCACAUUUCUGGUUUAUUAUAAUGAAAACUUUGAUUUAUAGGGUAAUCCUGUAAACCUUUAUGGUAAGACUUUAUUUGGAUGGUCUCUAUUGCACAUUUUGUUGACUAAAAGUUGCAUUGCACUACAUGCCAAUUAGUCCUCAUUUGAGUAUUAGUAGACUGUCUGCUUAAUAUCUGCUGAUACUGCUCCUUCAACACACAUUUAACUGACUAUAAACUUUACAAGUACACGUCAACUUACAUUCAACAAAAUAUGUUAAAGAGACCAUCAAAAUAAAGUGAUAUCAACUUUAUUAUUAAAAAAAUAUGAUAAUUAUUGCUCAAUAAUGCUAACAAUAAUAAUUAACGCAAAUAAAGAAUCAUUUUAAAGCACAAAUAUCGGGGUUUUUUUUCCAUUCUGGAGAUUAAAAUCUGCUUAAUUGUCAUGUAAAUAAAGAUCACAGUUUCAUUCAUUUAUUUUUUUAUGUUUCAUGUUUUGCCACAUUGAUUUGCAUGCGUUUUUUAAUCACUGUUUGGGAGGUUUUGGGUGUAUAAAAUAUUUGUCGUUUUAUUGACUUCUGCUCAUCUCAUUUGAGAAAUGCGGCUCCUCCUGCUUUUCUCAUCAGAUCGCUAAACCUGAUAUUUUAAAUGCGGUAGUGACGGUCGCUCUCGCUAAUCCAGCCCUGAAGGCAUCAUGUUUGAGGCUGAAGUUUAGUUUAUAUUGAAAGUUUCGAUUGCAGCCUGUUUCCAACCAUUGAGUUAUUUUAUAUUUUACAUUACAGUAAUUGAUAUUUAAAGGGAGAGUUCACCCAAUGCUUUACAUUUCUGGGUGAACUCUCCCUUUAAAUAUUAAUUACAGCAAUGUUAAAUACUAAAUAACUCAAUGGCUGUAAACGGGCCGCAAUCGCAUCAUUACUGUGAUUAAUAUUUAAAGGGAGAGUUCACCCAGAAAUGAACAUCCUGAGGGUAAGUCAGUGGCUGAAUUUUCAUUUUUGGGUGAACCAUCUCUCUUAAUAUCACAGGAAUGAUUCGAUUACAGUCUGUUUACAACCAUUAAGUUAGUUUUUUUUAUUUCAAUUGAUAUAUAAAGGGAUAGUUCACCCAGAAAUUUAAAUUCAUUACCCCCGGGAUGUUCUAAACCCUUAGAAAUGUCUUUGACAGCCCAAUUUACUGCCAUAGUAGACUAAAUAAAUACUAUGGGAGUGGCGGGAUCUGUUUGGAUACUGAUCUUCUUCCUAAUAUCAUCCUUUGUGUUUGUGCAGAGGGAAACUUUAAACUGGUUUGGAUCAAACAAUGAGUAAAUGAUGGAAGUAUUCGAUUUUUGGGGUGAACUGUCUCUUUAAGGGGAAUUCUCUGUAUGUUUUUCGAUUUAUUUCUGUAUCUUUGGAUUUGUUAUGCUGCCUGCAGAUUUAUAGUUCAUAUCGAAAUGCAAAUAAUGAUGCAAUAUAAUACACACGCACGCACACACACACACACACACACACACACACACACACACACACACACACACACACACACACACACACACACAUAUAUAUACAAAAGAUCUGCCAUUUGAUUUGUGGUUUUGUUAUGUUUUAAGGGGUAGUUCACCCAAAACUGAUAAGUCUGUAAUGUUUUAUUCACCCUUUAAUUGUUCGAAACCAGCCAGAGUCUCUUUCUACUGUUGAACACAAAAGAUAGUUCGAAAAAUGUUGGAAACCUGUAACCAGUGACUUUCAUGGUAUUAGUUUUUCCUAUUUUGGAACUUAUCUGGUUUCUAACAUUCUUCAAAGUAUCUUCUUUUUGAACAAAAGAUAGUUUGAAAAAUGUUGGAAACUUGUAACCAUUGACUGUCAUGGUAUUUAUUUUUCAUAUUGAGAGUUAACUGGUUUCUUAUUUUUGAACACAAAAGUGGGUUUGUUAGUCAAUGGUUACAGGUUUCCAACAUUUUUCAAACUAACUUUAGUGUUUAAAAAGAAGACACUUUGAAUAAUGUUAGAAACUGGUAACUUCCAAAAUAGGAAAAACAAAUACUAUGAAAGUCAAUGGUUACAGCUUUCUAACAUUAUUUUUAUUUUAAAAGAUAACCGGUUUCUAACAUUCUUCAAAGUGUCUUCUUUUUGAACACAAGAGAUAGUUUGAAAAAUGUUGUAAACCUGUAACCAUCAACUUUCAUAGUAUUUUUUCCUAUUUUGGAAGUUAACCGGUUUCUAAAAUUCUUCAGUCACUUUAUGAACACAAAAUGUAGUCAAUGGUAAAAGGUUUCCAACAUUUUUCAAACUAUCUUUAGUGUUCAAAAAGAAGACACUUUGAAGAAUGUUAGAAACCAGAUAAGUUCCAAAAUAGGAUAAACAAAUACUAUGAAAGUCAAUAACUACGGUUUUCCAACAUUUUUCAUAGUAUUUGUUUUUCCUAUUUUGGAAGUUAACCGGUUUCUAGCAUUCUUCGAAGUAUCUUCUUUCGUGUUCAAUAGAGGAAAGAAACUCAUAAACCACUUGAAGGUGAGUAAAUUUUUGGGUGAACUGUCCCUUUAAUGGUUCCAGCACCUGUAAAACUGAUGAAUGCUAACGGUUCAGCCAAUCAGACAACAGUACAGCUGAUCACAUUCAUGACUCCUCAAUAUUCUUAUUAAAUGCUGUCGUUUGGGGGAAAGGUUGUUAGUUGUUCAGUUGAGAUUCAUGUCAUCGGUUUGUUUUUCCAUAUUUGCAUUUGUGGGGUUUCUUAAAUAAAAAGAAGAUAAAAAUGUUA